UGUGGCUUAAAAACGGUGAAAAAUUGAGUUACAAAAUGACUUCGCCAUCGCCGGCGAAUAGUCCAAUGCCACCACCACAGGCACCAAGCCCAAUGGGACCACCUUCACAAAGUCCGGCACCCUCGCCAUCACCACACAGUCCGUAUCCACCACAUCCGGGACAACAGGGCCCCGGUGGGCCACCGGGUCCACCACAAGGGCCUAGUGGUCCACCACAAGGACCUCCGCAUGGUCCACCACAAGGUCCGCCCCAUGGUCCACCACAUAUGCAGGGACCUCCACCGGGACCAGGACAACAUGGCCCACCGCCACCUGGUCACCCCGGUGCUCCAUAUGGUCAUCCCAUGCAACAUGGUCCACCACACGGCCCGCCUCAUGGAGCUCCCCAACAUGGUCCAAUGUCAACACAACAGCACGGUGUUGUGUCACAACAUGGUCCUCCACCUCCCGGCCAACAUGGACCGCCAGGAGCACAAGGUGGUCCACCACAAGGGCCUCCCAUGAAUCACGGGCCUCAUGGUGUACCACCGCAUGGAGUACCACAACAGCAGCCGGGUGGUCAAGGUGCGCCACCCCAUCUCAAUGGUCCGCCUGGUCAAGGCCCACCCGGUCCCCAGGGCCAUCAUAUGCCACCACAUCAUCAACCAAUGGGUCCCCACAUGGGUAUGCAAAUGCCACCUCAAGGUCCCAAUAUGCCACCAAUGGGUUUCCAACAUGGCAUGCCACCAAAUGGUCCACCCACAGGCCCCCCAGGCCAAGGUCCACCCGGUCCACCGCCUGAACGUGCUGGACAAGAAAACUUGCAUGCACUGCAACGGGCAAUCGAUACAAUGGAAGAAAAGGGUCUGCAAGAAGAUCCCCGCUAUACCCAACUGCUGGCCAUUAGGGCCACCUCGAAACAUCAACACCUGACCAGUAAUCAGAUUAAUAUGUUGCGCACCCAAAUAACAGCAUAUCGUCUGUUGGCGCGCAAUAAACCCAUUUCGCUGCAAAUGCAACAGGCAUUCCAGCAGGCGGCACAACAGCAAGCGGCCGCUGUCGCUGCUGCCCAGCAGCAACAACAACAGCAGCAACAACAACAACAGCAGCAGCAACAACAACAGCCGCCAAAUACCAUACCAGGACAUCCAGGUGUUCCAGGUCCGGCACCAUGUCCUCCAGUACCACCCCAACAGCAGCAGCCGCCCCAACAACCAGGUCAACCGGCGGCUGGUACACCACCACAAUGUUCGACACCGCCAGCCUCUUCACCAUAUGGCCAACCACCAAAUGCUGUUGGUGGUGGUAAAAUGCAACCACCACCUCAUCUCCAACAACAGCAACAAAUGCCACCCGGUAUCGGGGUAGGUCCACCACAACAGCCGCAACCACCAAAUGUCCAAGAUAUGCAUCAAAUGCCGAAUGGUGGUGGUAAACCACCGGGUAUUGGUGGUCCACCGAUGAUGGGAAUUGGUGGCGGUCAGCCACCCAUAUCAUCCCCCAUGCCUGGAACUAUGGCCGCCCAGGGCAUACGACCCCCCGGUCCCGGUGUUGUGGGUAUGCCACCACAAGGUGUACCCAAACAUGGCGCCCCACCACCACAACAACCAAUGCCCAAACCAAAUCGCAUUACCACCGUUGCCAAGCCCCAGGGCUUAGACCCCAUUGUCCUCUUGCAGGAAAGGGAAAAUCGCAUUGCAUCACGCAUCGCCCUGCGCAUGCAGGAAUUACAACGCUUGCCGGCAACAAUGCCCGAAGAUUUACGCCUGCAGGCUGCCAUCGAAUUGAGGGCAUUGCGCGUUCUGAAUUUCCAACGUCAGCUAAGAACCGAAAUUGUCCAGUGUACCAGACGUGACACCACCUUGGAGACGGCCGUCAACAUCAAGGCCUACAAACGUACCAAACGUCAAGGUCUACGUGAGGCCCGUGCCACCGAAAAGUUGGAAAAACAACAGAAGCUCGAGGCGGAACGUAAACGUCGCCAGAAGCACCAGGAGUUCCUGGCAGCUGUCCUCCAACAUGGCAAAGACUUCAAGGAAUACCAUCGCAACAACAAGGCCCAGCUGGCCAGAAUCAAUAAGGCCAUCAUGAACUAUCACGCCAAUGCGGAGAGGGAACAAAAGAAGGAACAGGAACGCAUCGAAAAGGAACGUAUGCGCCGCUUGAUGGCCGAGGACGAGGAGGGCUAUCGCAAACUUAUCGAUCAAAAGAAAGACAAACGUUUGGCCUUCCUGCUAUCCCAGACCGACGAGUACAUCAGCAACCUGACCCAGAUGGUCAAGCAGCACAAGGACGAUCAAAUGCGCAAGAAGGAGGAGGAGCACAAACGUCUGCUGCAAUACAAAAAGGAGCUGUUGAUGAGCGGCGAAUACAUGAGCAUCGACGACACCUGUAUUGCUGCCGAUCUGCAUGUGACCGUGGUCGAAACGGCCACGGGUAAGAAAUUGACCGGCGAAGAGGGCCCCCUCUUGAAGAAUUUAGGCAAAUGGUUGGAACAGCAUCCCGGCUGGGAUUGGGCCGAGGACGAUGAAGAAGUCAAGGAGGAAGAGAAGGCUAAAGAAGAGGCUAAUGCCAAGGAGAAGACAAAUGCCGAUGGUUCCAAGAAAUUGGGAACGGAAAAUGAGGACGAUCCUCGCAGCGAAGAGGAGGUCAAGGCCUUGAUCCAGAAAGUCAAGGUCGAGGACGAUGAAUAUCGUACGGAAGAGCAAACCUAUUACAGCAUUGCCCAUACCAUACACGAAAAGGUCACCGAGCAGGCCAGUAUUUUGGUCAACGGCAAAUUGAAGGAAUACCAAAUCAAGGGUCUCGAAUGGUUGGUCUCGUUGUACAACAACAAUCUGAAUGGUAUUCUGGCCGAUGAGAUGGGUCUGGGUAAGACCAUUCAAACCAUUUCGCUGGUCACCUAUUUGAUGGAUCGCAAAAAGGUGAUGGGACCGUAUCUGAUUAUUGUACCGCUGUCCACGCUGCCCAAUUGGGUACUGGAAUUUGAGAAAUGGGCACCCUCGGUGGGUGUGGUAAGCUACAAGGGAUCACCGCAUGGUCGUCGCCUGCUUCAAAAUCAAAUGAGGGCCACCAAGUUUAAUGUUCUGCUCACCACCUACGAAUACGUGAUCAAAGAUAAGGCGGUGUUGGCCAAGAUCCAAUGGAAAUACAUGAUCAUCGAUGAGGGUCAUCGUAUGAAGAAUCACCACUGCAAGCUGACACAGGUCUUAAAUACCCAUUACAUUGCUCCGUAUCGUCUGCUGUUGACCGGUACACCACUGCAAAAUAAACUGCCCGAAUUGUGGGCCCUUUUGAAUUUCCUUUUGCCCUCGAUUUUCAAGUCAUGCUCGACUUUCGAACAGUGGUUCAAUGCCCCCUUCGCCACAACCGGUGAAAAGGUGGAAUUGAAUGAAGAAGAAACCAUUUUGAUUAUUCGUCGUCUGCACAAGGUGCUGCGUCCCUUCCUGCUGCGUCGUUUGAAGAAGGAAGUCGAACAUCAGCUGCCCGACAAGGUGGAAUACAUCAUUAAAUGUGACAUGUCCGGUUUGCAGAGGGUGCUCUACAAGCAUAUGCAGAGUAAGGGAGUGCUGCUCACUGAUGGCUCCGAGAAGGGUAAACAGGGCAAGGGUGGUGCCAAGGCCCUCAUGAAUACGAUUGUACAGUUGCGUAAACUCUGCAAUCAUCCGUUUAUGUUCCAACACAUCGAGGAGAAAUUCUGCGACCAUACCGGUGUGCAUGGCAUGGUGUCGGGUCCAGAUCUAUACCGUGUUUCGGGUAAAUUUGAACUACUCGAUCGUAUUUUGCCUAAGCUGAAGGCCACCGGGCAUCGUGUCUUGCUCUUCUGUCAAAUGACCCAGUGCAUGACCAUCAUCGAAGAUUAUCUUAGCUGGCGUCAGUUUGGAUAUUUGCGUUUGGACGGUACCACCAAGGCAGAGGAUCGUGGUGAACUGCUGCGCAAGUUCAAUGCCAAGGAUUCGGAUUAUUUCGUGUUCUUGCUGUCAACUCGUGCCGGUGGUUUGGGUUUAAAUUUGCAAACAGCCGAUACUGUGGUAAUUUUCGAUUCCGAUUGGAAUCCGCAUCAAGAUUUGCAGGCCCAGGAUCGUGCCCAUCGUAUUGGUCAGCGCAACGAGGUGCGUGUGCUACGUCUGAUGACGGUGAAUUCGGUUGAGGAGCGUAUUUUGGCUGCGGCCCGUUACAAGCUGAACAUGGACGAGAAGGUUAUUCAGGCCGGUAUGUUCGAUCAGAAAUCGACAGGCAGUGAACGUCAGCAGUUUUUGCAAACCAUUUUACAUGCCGACGAUGGCGAUGAGGAGGAAGAGAACGAGGUGCCCGAUGAUGAAAUGAUCAAUAUGAUGAUUGGUCGCAGCGAAGAAGAGAUUGAGUUGUUCAAGAAAAUGGACGCGGAAAGGAAGCUGGAAGAUGAGCGACUGCAUCCCGGACGUGAGCGUUUGAUUGAUGAGUCGGAGCUGCCCGAUUGGUUGACCAAGGACGAUGAAGAGGUUGAACGUUGGCACACCUAUGAUGAGGAUACCAUAUUGGGUCGCGGCUCACGUCAACGCAAGGAGGUUGACUACACCGACAGCCUUACCGAAAAAGAGUUGCUGCGCGCCAUCGACGAUGGUGUGGAGUUCGACGAAGAGGACGAAGAGGAGGAGGCCAAACGUAAGAGGCGUAAACGUAAAAAUCGCAAAGACGAUUCCGAUGACGACUCGGUGGUGGGCCAGACCAUUAAACGCAGACGUCGCCAAAAUAUCGACAAGAAAAUGAAAAAGCAAAUGAACAAAAUCAUGUCGGCCGUCAUCAAGUACACGCACGAUGACGGCCGCAUUCUGUCGGAACCGUUUAUGAAAUUACCCUCCAGGCAGCGACUGCCCGAUUACUAUGACAUCAUCAAACGUCCGGUGGACAUUAAGAAAAUACUGCAACGCAUUGAAGAUUGCAAAUAUGCCGAUUUGGAUGAUCUGCAAAAGGACUUCGUGCAAUUGUGUCAGAAUGCCCAGACCUACAACGAGGAGAAUUCGCUCAUCUAUUUGGAUUCGAUUGAGCUGGAGAAGGUGUUUGUUAAUGCUAGGCAGCGUAUAACUGCAGCAGCAGCUGCCCAUGCUUCAUCUUCGGCUGGCGAUAGUGGAGGAGGUGGUGGCGGCGGCGCAUCUGAUAAUUCCGAAAACGAAGAGGAGGAAACCCAAGAUAAUUCCGAUGAUGAAGAAAUUGCCACAACCUCAGCGGCAGCGGUAAAAAUGAAGCUGAAACUAAAUAAAUCGGUUGCUGCCGCCCCAAGUACACCAUCUACGCCCACACCUUCCGCAGCGGCAGCGUCCGUUAGUGCUUCGACAAGUAAAAAACAGACACGGCGAAAACGUUCACAGAAGAAAUAUACCAUAUCGGAUGAUGAUGACGAUGAUAUGGAUUAGCUACCACUGGGAGUGGUAUUCUCAUUGCAACAACGGGAGCAGCAACG